AUGGCCUCAAUCCUCUCAAUCCGGCGCCCCGUCGCCGCUCUCGCAGCGCGUACUGCAACGCAAACCCCGCAGAAGGCUGGCUCCCGCGCUGCCGUAACGACCUUUCUGUCCUCACCAGCAAGCCCCCGAAGCUACUCUCCAGCGCCGAGGCCGCAAACCGCAAGGCUGGCGCUCGCAUCGAACAACAUCCAGCAGCGUCUAUCACACCAGCAGCAGACCAUCCGCCGCUUCAACUCCGCUACAGCCCCGUCGCUCCGAAGCUGGAAGUUCGAAGACAUCAACGCCGCCCUCCCAUCCGACCCUAACGGCCCCCCAUCACCCCCAGCAACCCCGCAAAGGAAACUCAUCCUCGUUGACGUCCGCGAGCCAAACGAACUCACCUCCACCGGUAUCAUCCCCACCGCCGUAGCCGUCCCGCUGGCCUCUCAGCCCGAUGCGCUCUUUCUGACGCCUGACGAGUUCGAGACCCGCUUUGGGUUCCCUAAGCCCGGGGUCCAGGAAGAGGGACAUAUCGUCUUCUACUGCAAGGCGGGCGUGAGGGCGAAAACGGCAGCGCAGUUGGCUAUGCAGGCGGGGUAUGACCCGGACAGAAUCGGUGUCUAUGAGGGGAGUUGGUUGGACUGGGCCGAUAAAGGUGGGAAAGUGGAGAAGUGGGAGGGGGGCGAACAUGAGUAG